AUGGCUCUAUGGAAUUUGUUGUUCCUGUUUGUCCAUGUUGUGAUAGCAUUUGAUCCUUAUAAUGAUGACGAUCUCAAUUCCUAUUUAACACUCCCUCGACAUCGAAUUUUGAAAUGGGAUAUCACGUACCACGAUAGAUCUCGUGUUGCUCCUGGCUACUGGUUUGUUGCUCCAUACUUCAAAUAUGGAGGUGAAGAAUUCACAAAUCGCUGGAUGCCGUGCCAAGUUGGACCUUAUAUCUUUGAUCAAGAUGGUGAACUUGUAUGGGCCGGCGCCUGCGAUUACCCGAACAGGAAUGCCUAUGACUUCCGCGUGGUCAAUACGCUUGGCCCUUCACCACACCUUUCCUGGCAGAUGCACCCGCCAUUCGAAGGUUCACCCGAAGACGGCUUAGCAGUCAUAUACAACAAUCACUAUGAACCCAUCUAUCAAAUAAAUCGGCCAACGGAGAUCCAAGAUAUGCAUGAAUUUAUGGUGAAAGAGCCGCCAGUGGCAUUGACUCUCAUUGCCCGGAAUGAAUGGAGAAGCAUGGCUGAAUUUGGCCAAGACCGAAAUGUAUGGGCCUACAGUGUUGGGUUUGCACAACUGGAUAUAGAAACCGGACUCUAUAGGAGCCAAUGGUUCCCAGAUGAGAUUCAACUUAUGGAGUCCUUUGUCCUAGACCCCCGAGAACCAGACCCUGCCCGAGACUGGUUACAUGGCAAUUCUAUUGACACAGAUAGCGAUGGGAACUUUUUAUUUUCAGCACGCCAUCUAGACACAAUCUAUCUCAUUGAUCGUCAAUUUCAAUUCAUCAUAUGGCGACUUGGUGGCCUCCUCAGCGAUUUUGAGAUGGAUUUUGAAUUUCACCGACAACAUGACGCCAAGUUUAUUUCUAGCAAUUCCACUCAUGUGGUCUUGUCUUUCUUGAACAACGGUGCCGACAACCACGGAGCCAUUGAGUCGACAUCUGCGGGCAUGUAUGUCGAACUCAACUUGAUGACCCUGAAAGCCAGACUCUUGAAUCGGUAUCCCCGUCCAGAUAAAGGAAUAAGCUUUGCACGUGGAAACAUGCAAACACUUCCAAAUAACAAUGUGCUUAUGUCAUGGAGCGCGGCCGCCUAUAUGAGUGAGUUUGCCCAUGAUGGAACGUUACUUAUGGAGGCUAGGUUUGCAUCGAACAGACUUGAUACGUACAGAGCGUAUAAAUUCCCCUGGGUGGGUCGACCAAAAUGGCCUCCUGAUCUUGUUGCAUUCUGCUACGGUGUCAAUGGAUCAGAAAGCACCACAGCUUUCCAUGUGAGCUGGAACGGGGCAACAGGAAUAUCUUACUGGCGUUUCUACUCAUGGAACGGAAAUGUCAGCACCGAGAUUGGGACUAUUCCAAAGAAAGGGUUCGAAACUACAUAUAUUGCAAGGGGGUAUAUGGAAUGGGUUUCUGCUGAGGCUCUGGGAAGUGAAUAUGAGUCCAUGGGGAAUUCUACCGUUCAUCAUACAAACCCUCCAGCAUACUGGCCUGAGGGUGCACCAAAGCUGAAAGCCGAUGAUCCAAGUUCUAUGAAAGUCUCUGAUGCCGCAAAAGCUGCAAGAUUCGCCAGAUUAACCGCUGCCAUGAAUGCAAGAGCUGGGCUGCUUGUUGAAUCGUUUAUCGCAGGUUUCCUGAUUAGUGCAGCGAUUUGCAUUUUAUUCUUCAAGGCCUCCACAUACAGGUAUAGUCAAUGUUUGGCCAUCAAAUACCUAUGGAGUAAGGAUAGUGUCGAGGAAGAGGAGGAGUUGAACCUUCUAAGGGAUACUGAAAGGAAUUCCUAA